AUGGCCGAGUACUCACCCGUCGGUCUUGCAAUCAUUGCGGUGAUUAUGGCAUGUGUCCUUGGGCUGAAUGCCUACUUUUGGAAGCGGUUCGUGGAUGCUGAGGAAGUUCGGCAGAAUCUACAGGAUGGGACAUGCGAGAUCCUCUCCCCGGAGCAUUAUAGCUCUGGAUGGAAAGGAGGAUGGGAGUUUCCGAUCACCGGGCCCUCUUGGACAGACGUGCCCUGCACGCUGCAACUGAAAGCAAAAGCUGGGGAUGUAAAGCUGGAGGGGAAGACCAGCCUGCACUUCACUUACUGGCAAGGCAUAGUAUGGGACUACGUGCAGGACAGCUGCAAGAAGCUCAUUCCGACAAAGGCCGAAGCUUGGCGGCCCACAUGUGUCCACAUGUGUCCACAUGUGUCCACAUCGGUCGAGAUCGGUCCAACGGCUCAUUCCCUAGGCAUUCGCUGGCAUGUCCUAGUUUUGCUUCUCAGGAAGGUGCGUUUGAUUGCGCCUUUCUGGUGGGCGAGCAUGGCGGCCUCGCUCAAGCCUACGUCCGACUCAGAGAGCAAUGAGAGAGCACAGGAUGGAGGCUGA